AUGUCGAAAGUUGUCUCAAGAAGGCCCAAGAUGAACAACUAUCUCAUUUUAUUCGACGGUUUGAUCACUAACUCCUCGAAGCUUUUCGGUCAUACCCAUUGUGCGGAUCGUAAUUCGCUGAAGUUGUUGGAUCUGCUUUGUGACUGCCAAGAACAGUGGAAUGUAUCCGUCAACCGACUGAGAACCAACUGCAAAUUGUUAGAAGCUGAAGUUGAAAGACUCAGGGUAUUGCAGGACGAAACGGCUUCAAUGCUUCGCAAAGAAAUGGAAUGUAAAAGCCGUGCCGAACGUUCCAGGGAUUCACUUAAACGAAAGAUUGAUGUCAUCCGUGAAGUGCUAAGAACGAACGACGUUGAAGAAGCAAAGCGGCGAUUGAAUGAUAUUGAAAUGUCCGCUUUAACUCCGGAUAAAUCGUAUAAUAUACGUUUAGACAAUUCCGCCGGAUCUCUUCUAGAUCCGGUAAACGUUUCUAUCGAGUCUCCCGACGACAAAUUCGAAAGGUUUGUUCCGCGCUAUAUCUGGUUUGGUUUACUGAUUUUGGUCUUGAUUCAUUCAUCUUGA